CUUGGCCAUUGCCCAUGUUGCCCAAAAUGCUCUAGCUCACUAAACACUUAGACAAGCAUGCAAGAUCUUCAGCAAGUGUUUGGUUUUCGCAAGUUAGAACGAACGAGGUGCACGAGAGGCAAUACGAGCGUACCUCCUGGCUCAUUUAGUCUUUGAAAAAGCGUAGUCAUAAGCCUGCGUUUCUCUUGUUCUAUCUACAAAUAAUCCAUCAAGAUUUAAAUAACGCCAUGCGAAAUCGAUCAAAUGAACAAGAUUUCCGAAAUCUCUCGCUCGAUGUCUUUCUACCGUGAAUACACUAGCUAGCUAGUAUAAAUUAAUUAACAAGCUCCUUGCAAGAAACCAUAUCAAUCCAGCAGAUAGCUUAAACAUAACCAUUUCUCUCUUUUUUCACGACCCUUGAGAAAAAAAUGCAGAUCUUCAGCAAAGUGUUGAGAGAUACUGAUGUCCGUGUUCGGUUCUCGUUCCCAACUCAUUGCUUGCAGCAUUUAGAUUUUGCUGGAAAUAAUUCUGUUGAUUUACAUGUUAAAGAUAGCUCUGGUGAGCUUCGAGUUAUUCGUUGCCUGAAGAGAAAAGAAGAUUAUGACAAGCCAGUGCUUUCUAAGGGCUGGCUUAAAUUUGUUGCUGAUUAUGGACUGAGAGUUGGUGACAAGGUUGUUCUUCAUCGUGAGGAUGACCAGAACCUGGGGUCACAGUUCAGGAUUGAAGCUAAGAGGAGAAUCAAUCUGUUUGGUGAGGAGGUUUGGGGUGAUGUGACAAGAGCUAACUAA